UCUGCUGGAGGGUCCUUCCUCUGAAGACGUCACCAGUGUGUGGAGCCUGCCCCACACCCACCCCCUGCCAAACCACGGCCUUUACCUGUGUCUUCCGGUGUUUCCCGUGCGACCCAUCUUGUGGGAGUGCCUCGUGGGCCACUCCAGAGUUCACUCCACGCUCCGCGGCGCCAAUGGUGAAGAUGACAAGAUCCAAGACUUUCCAGGCAUAUCUGCCUUCCUGCCACCGGACCUACAGCUGCAUUCACUGCAGAGCCCACUUGGCCAAUCAUGAUGAACUCAUUUCCAAGUCGUUCCAAGGAAGUCAAGGACGAGCAUACCUCUUUAACUCAGUAGUUAAUGUGGGCUGCGGGCCUGCAGAAGAGCGAGUGUUGCUCACGGGACUGCACGCAGUUGCAGACAUUUACUGUGAAAACUGCAAAACCACUCUGGGCUGGAAAUAUGAACAUGCCUUUGAAAGCAGCCAGAAAUAUAAAGAAGGCAAGUACAUCAUUGAGCUAGCACACAUGAUCAAGGACAAUGGCUGGGACUGAUCGGAGGGAUCUACCGACCCCAGUGUCCACAUGAACGCCAUCCGACCGAACAUUCUACCCAAGCGUGAGAGAGUGACUGAACACUUGGUUCCAUCCAUUUAGGGGCCUUGCCAUCUGGGGCAUUCUCCCACCCUGCCACCGUCUUUCUGGUGACCAGCCUCUAAAUCGCUGUCUCUCUGUCUCUUUGCUUUGUAUCUGUUUGUGAGUUGAUCCUGGCUUCUCUCUCUGUUCUAGUGUUGGCUGAAAACAAAACAACGAAAGGAACAGACGCCUGACCGCAUGGCGGCAGCCCACCUUGAUAAGGGCCCUGGGGCCCAUUCAGAGCUGCCUGAUGGCCUCUUGUCAGGAGAGCAGUGGCACAGCACGAGGGUGCAAGGAAGAAGGAAAUGGGGAGCCUUGAGGGUCCCAGGGCUGGCCAGGGGAUGGGACGUUAGAGGUAGGAACAAACUUGUGCUGCUCCUGGAGUCCUGGUAACUUAGGCUUGAAAUAAUCGACUUGUCUAAAAGGACAAAGAAAAAAAAUACCUCAUGACUGCAUUCUCUCUGAUCAGAAGCUUCUGUUCCUGACACCAGCUGUGUCCGGUUUAGCAUUGAGCACAAGAACGGGCCCUAACUAGUGGGGCAGGGGCCUGGUCCUCCUGGGUCCAGUUGGGGGUGUCCUGGCAGGUGAGAGUGCGAAGCCCAGAUGGUUUUGACGACUCUGACGCCUCACUGCCCCUUCAGGUGGUCUUUGCCUCUUCAGCCACUGUUGCCACUGUUGGUGAGAGGAGGGGAGACUGCCUUUUGCAGUGGAUGCAAGAUGCAAACAUCCCAAAGGCUUUGACCACCAAUCAAGUAAAAUCAGUGAUUGAGGAGAACAGGGAACAAAGGGGGCUGUAGUUUGGGAGCUCCUGCGGAAAUGGCUCAGAUAUUGGCCAGGAAAAAAAAAAAAAAGCAGAACCAGCUAGCAGUUCUGACUGUCUGACCUUUUUUUCCUGACCCUUAGUAAGAAAAGAGCGUUGUGGCAAGGAAGUGGGUGGGGUGGGGCAGUGCUGGGAAUAGUUUAGAUCUGGGCCAUUACAGGUUAGUGUAUCUUUCCCCUUUAGUAUGCAGUGGCUUUGGUGAGAUCAGCAAUUCCAUGUAGAUAGAGUUUGGGUUGUUUUUCUCCAGUUCUAUCAUUGUAGAUUGUGGAAAACAAAGUCCCAAGGCUUUGAGCUUAGUGAUGACCUGGCCGGUAGAUUGCUUAUGCCCUUAGUUAUUCUCCUUGGACUUGAAUGCUUUGUGUGGAGAGAAAUUGUCAGAGCAGUCCAGCAGUGGGGAGGGCUUAGAUAUGAUGUCAAACAUCAGGUAACAAAUUCCAAUAUUAGCGCCCGCCUCCCAUCUCCCAAACCAAAGUUUAUUAUGUUAGGGAAGCAGGGAACAAAUCCCUAUAAGGCUCAUGAGAGAAAGGAGUUUGUUACAAUUAACCAACACUGUGAAGUGUGUUCUCCAACACUUCAGGCAGUACACGGUGCGUGACCGAAACUCAUUUAACUGAGUUAAUUUUAUUGCUUGGACUGAAAAUGUAAUUAUUAUUAAGAUAUGUGCAGGUUAUGUUAGAUAAUUCUCAGCAUCUCAUUCUCGAAAGUAGGCCGAUCCUAUAGGAAGAAUUCACCUUAAAAGUCACGAGAGAAUGAGUUCAUGGAGGCAAGAAUCUGUUAAAUUGAAUAAUCAAGAUUCAAGCAGCCAAUCCAGGACAUUUCCAGAAUUCAGAUAACUUCCCCUAGGGAGUGACUCCAUGGUGGAAAUGCUUUUUCAUGUCUCUGAGUGCUGAUUGCAGAAGGGGGACCUGGGGUAGGCAUGGUCCUGCCCCGGAGGUGGAGGACAACAGGACUGACAGGAAGCCAAGUGGCUCCAGAGUUAGCAGUAGACUGCCUCUGCAAGACCAAAAAAAAAGAAAAAAGAGGAUUGAAUUGAAUUGAAAAGAAUUGAACUGAAUCUUGUACCCAGAGGCUUUUUGUCCACAUCUUCCAGUGCUUUAGUAUCCUGGGGAGGUUAGGUUCUCCCCAGAUUCCUAAAAAGCAGACUGAGGUUUAGAAGGAGUAUUUCAUCUCUGCUCCCAGAGAAAAAGGUCUUCUGGCUCUCAGGGCCAAGAUCUCAAUAAAAAGCAUUUUCAACUUUCACAUUCCUAAGCUGGCGUGCCAGCACAAAAUUUAUAGAUCCCUCUUUCUCUCUUGAAGGCCAUGGCCUUCAUAGAUGGAUUUUAAUUCGCCCCUUUGCUCAGGGAAUGUCCUAAUUAUUGAUACUCCUUUCCAUAGAACGAAAAUGAGGGUUAAACAUGGGUAGUUGUUAUGUCUUUGAAACUAAAACUGGAGUGUGGUGAUCUAGAAACCAGUCAUGGGGCGCUCUAGAAUUUUCAAGGGGGAGAAGAAACCAAUGUGCCACUGUUGCUCCUGGGGGAGGAGGCCUCUGACUAUUGCAUGGAUCAGAGCAGGCUUCAGUUAGACUGGGUUCUGGCUUUUCUUUUCUUUUUUUUUUUUUAGUUAUCACCCAUUGAGCAUCCAGUGGGUGCAUGGCGCCGUACUUGGUGUGAAAGAUCUGAGUAGAAUGUUGGUUUUCCCAUAACUCCCAGGGAAAAAAACCAUAACUCAUUAGGCUAUCCCUUUGUGUCAAUGAAACCAAAAGUGCUUCUUAUACCUUUAGCUCCAUGCAUAGCUUGUCUACCUAAGAUCUAGCAGUAUUGGAGAGACCGCAGCUGAGUGAUGGAGACGCAUCAACUCCUGGCCUCAGUCAGUUCAUUCUUUAAUUUCUUCACCAAAUUAUUGACUCAGAGCAUAACCAAAGACCUCAUCCAUUCACCCCUGGCAGGGUCAGGGAAUCAGAGUGUGAUGGUAAAGCCCAGGCAGGAUGCAGGGAGGAGGGCAGGGGAAAGGGAGAAGCGAGAAAGGGAAAGGCAUGAAGUUCUAUACCUCAGCCAGCAGCUGCCUUCAUUUGCAACUGAAGUCCAGCCAGCAGACCCUCUAGUUCUGUCUCCCCUGUGCUGCCCUGGGUCAUGUGGCCUUGGCAGCCCUGGAUGCACCCAACCCCCCAGGAUGUUAGUCUCAGGCUGCUGAUGGGUUGAAUUGACAUGAAUCAAAUACAGCCAAACUUGAUGGCCACAGAUUGUCAGCUGGGCCUGAGUGCUGCCCCAACCCCUAUGACAGCAAGAUCACGGACAUAGGAUAGAGUCAAUCUUUACACUGGUGGGUCAGUGUGUGAAAAAGAGGUGUCCCCUUUAUAAAAAGAUUUUCAAGUGGAUAUAUAUAUUAAAAAAGUUGCUUGUGAAAUAUACUUUUGUAAAUAAUAUUUAAUUUUUUAAAUAAUAUAUUUGGUGCUGUUUUCUCAGAUCCCCUGAGAGCACUUUUUAUUUUCAUUUUUAAAUUCUAUGGUUUCCUCUGCAUUUCUUGAAGUAUAUUUUAAGGGAAAUAGUGAUCAUCAGUAUACUCUUUCUAAAAAAAGAUCUGUAUCACUUUAGUCUGGACAGAGGCAGUAAGGCAAUGCCUCUCUGCAUUUCUUUCCCAUUGGAACAGACUCUGCGCUACACUACCAGGUUGUGAAUAUUUUCUUGCACCAAUAUUGGCUAGAAAAGAAAAUAAAUAAAAUCAAAUUUAGUAACAACUUAGUGAUUCCUUUUGUUAGAAGAAUUACCAACAAAUUGGGAUCUUGUUUUUAAUUUGUGUGUGUGCCCAUGUGUGCACAUGUGUGCACAUGUGUGUAAAAAGCACUUGGAUUGUGCUUCCUGGUUUCUUCCUUAUUGGGGACACUAUACCUACAGUUUACACUUUGGGCACAUAAGGCUUUUCUUCUCUUUCUCUCUGGUUGUUUUGUUUCUGAGUGGACCAACAGCACAAACCAUGAGGAUUUUGUUUUUCUGAGCUUGGAGCUAUUGCCAGUUUGCUCCUCUUUCAUUGUGUGCUCAACUUUCACAGAUUGUAAAGGAAGUCUGUUGUUUGUGAAGAUCAAGCAGAGUCAAGUCUCUGUUUCUUAGAUGUGAGUGUACUCCUUACGUUCCCUAGGGCUCCUGUUAUAAAAGCCACAUCAUUAACUGGGUUGAGUUAAAAGAACAUCAGUAAAAUCAUACACAAUACCUUGUAGGUAAACAGCUUAUUUUAUUUGAAGGUCAGAUUGCCUCACGUUCAAGAAGAGGCUAGUGAAUCAAAUCUUAAACCCAAUUGAGUUAGACUCUUAAAAUAUGUCAGAGAAAAUGUGCUAGUGGUCAAAGUGGAAGAAAGAGAUGUUUAAUAUUUUUAAGCAAAAUACAGUCAUGAAAUCUGCCAGAAGUGAAAGGUAAAGCCAAGAAGAAACAAGCUAUAAUCAUCACCAAAUUUAUUCUGCCUAUAUGCUUUCAUAUAACAUUUUGGUGAAAGUGAGAGUCCGUUCCCUUUUCCAACCUGCAGAGAUGAUCUUUGAAUACGGAACCUAAUUAUGCUUGUGUUUACAAACUGUAUUUGUUGGGUUUGGGUUUUGUUAUUUUCUUUGUAUUUUUUUUUUUUUGGUGGCAUUUUUCAGGUCACUUUGCUUCAAUAACAAAGAAUUAUUUUCAAAUAAUGUGUCUUCACCUUUUCCUGUAUUUGUACAUAGUGAUUCAGUAUUAGAGAAAAGUGCAUUGUUUCUGUCAUAUUUCCAAUCUGUGUUGGUGCUCAUUUGAGAAAAUAAAGUUUUCAAAUAUUUGGAAGGCU